CAAAAGAGUAACCGAGCCGAAAUGGGAAGCAGACGGCAUAGCGCGACAGAUCUAGAAAUGACGUUACCAUUCACUGGCUUUGUGAUUGUACUUCGAAUUGGUUAAGAUUUAAGAUAAAGACUCAGUAGUCUAUCAAUCCUUGGACAUUCUUCGAAAAAACGGAUUUUCAAACGUCUCACUUCGCAACUCCAUCCGCAGUCACAGCAGACAUACGCAAGUAGAAAACAUGUCGGUCCCAGUCGGUAUCACGGUGCCAAAGCUUUUUCCUGUAACGGGGGCUUUUGCUCCGGCAUUUGCGGCUUAUUAUCUCUACCUGAAUCUACAGGUCAGCGCCGUCCGAUCUCACAAGGAGACAUACUUGGGUUCCAAAGGCGAUGACGACCAGAAACUACUCGUGGCAGAUCGCUCGCAUGGCAAUUUCGUAGAAAAUGUGCCUAUGGCUUUGCUCGUCGCAGCCAUCGCCGAAGCGAACGGUGGCAAUCGACGAACAAUAACCGGAUCCCUGGCGGCCUUGUUGCUGUUCAGAAUCGUUCAUGUCGAGCUCGGCUUGAAGAGUCAGGGCUCGCUUGGUUGGGGAAGACCGAUUGGAUAUUUUGGCACGCUGGGCUUUGUGGCUGGAAUGAGUGGUUAUGCCGCCUACCUGGUCAAGAGCUAUUGGGGAUUUUGAUUCACGACUCAAAGGGCUGGGUGCCGGAGCUGUUGAAGUGACUAUCGGCAGGUAGGAGGCAACGGCGACGGGAUAUUGUGUGAAGGAAGGAGCACGGAAGACACAUACUCAUUUUCAUCGAAGUCAAACAUCUCGGACUGCUUUCCAUUCUCUCUCACUAUUCCUAUCCAGCUUUCAAUCACUACUGUCAAUUCUUACAUACAACGCUUGUUUCAUGGCAUUCAAACAGCAUCCCUUUACUGCG